AAGAAUUUGUCUGUGUCUUUCUGGAAUUCCUAUUGGAUGCUGCCCUCUGAUGUUUGUGGAAUGAACUGCUUUUGGGAAGCUGCUAUUAGAUAUGAUUAUAUGAAAAUACAUCCUUCUGAGACAAUGCAUCUAGCAGUGGUUGCCUGUGGCGAAAGACUGGAGGAGACUGUUACUAUGUUGAGAUCAGCCAUUAUUUUCAGCAUGAAACCUCUCCAGUUUCAUAUUUUUGCUGAGGACCAAUUGCAUGAGCGUUUCAAAGCCAUACUUGAUGACUUACCCUAUGAAGGAAAAGUUAAUUACACAUUAUAUCCAAUAACAUUUCCGACUGAGAGUGCAGCAGAAUGGAAGAAAUUGUUUAAACCAUGUGCUUCACAAAGGCUAUUCUUGCCAUUAAUCCUCAAAAAUGUGGAUUCGCUACUGUAUGUCGAUACUGACAUCCUGUUUUUGAGACCUGUUGAUGACAUUUGGUCAUUCCUGGGCAAGUUCAACUCCACACAAAUUGCUGCAAUGGCACCAGAGCACGAAGAGCCUCGUAUCGGGUGGUACAAUCGCUUUGCCAGGCAUCCCUACUACGGAGUCACUGGGGUCAAUUCUGGAGUCAUGUUAAUGAAUAUGACACGUAUCAGGAGGAAGUAUUUCAAGAAUGAUAUGACACCGGUCCGGUUACAGUGGGGAGAAAUUCUUAUGCCUCUGCUGAAGAAGUACAAGUUGAACAUUACAUGGGGUGAUCAGGAUCUGUUGAACAUUAUGUUCUUUCAUAAUCCAGAAAGUCUUUAUGUGUUUCCUUGCCAAUGGAAUUAUCGGCCUGACCACUGCAUCUAUGGAAGCAAUUGUAAGGAAGCUGAAGAAGAAGGUAUAUUUAUUCUUCAUGGAAACAGAGGUGUUUACCAUGAUGAUAAACAACCCACUUUUAGAGCCGUCUAUGAAGCAAUAAGGAAUUAUUCACUUGGAGAUGAUUUGGUUCAUUCCCUGUUGCAGCCCUUAGAACUGGAAUUACAGAAAACCAUGCAUACGUACUGUGGAAGAGUCUACAAAGUGUUCAUAAAGCAGCUAACAAAAAGCAUAAGAGACUUGUAUACCAGAAGAUCAAAGGGAAGGUGAUUUUUACUCCCAAAAAUCAAGAUACUGGAUUAACAUACUGGUCAAAAGGUGCAAACAUUCUAAUAUUGCUUGAAAAGGCUCUUAAUGUGCCCAGCUAGAAGUUACUAGCAUACAUAAAAAUGAAGAAAAUACUAAUGUAAUGAAGAACAGGAACUUUUUUCUGCAAAGUUGACUUUUUGGUCUUUUGAAGUUUGAUUACUGCUCAUGUUUUAUUUUGGAUCCAGUGAUUUGGGUGUUACUGGCUUCUAUGGUCAGCAGUUUUAGUCUGCAUAAUUCAGUUAUCUAAUGAUCAGAAGAACAAGGAAGAAGUGAAGAUGUCUCUAAUUGGGAGUGUACCUCACAUAUUGUCUA